GAUCGAGGGAGGAGCCAUGCUUUUGUAUCACAAAUUCUAUCACGUGUGAGAACAUCGUCCGUCCCUCGGAUGCAGGAAAAACCUCCAUGCCACGCCUGAGAAACCCCUUCCUCGCCUUCUUACCCCACGCAUCCAGUCAUCACUCCCACUCCCUCCCUCCUUCCCUCCCUCCAGUUCUUCUACCGCUUCAGCCGGUCUCAUCCGGCCUACCCUGGGGCUUGCUGACGCUAGCAGACCCCCCCGACCUCCCCUUCCCUCUCUCUCUCCCUCUCUCUCUCUCUCUCUGACUCUUUCCCACCACUGCAUGAAUAACCCAGGCGAGGCUAGGAGCUGCUGCUGCAGCAUUCAUACGAUAGAAACACGUUCACACACCUCCUCUCGAACACGCGUGUGAGCAGCAGCAGAGGCAGCGUUAAGUGUGUGUGUGUGUGUGCACGUGUGUGUAAGAGUGAGAGCAAAACUGCGGCGGCAUUCCAGCUCUCCAUCUCAUCGUCUGACUCCUGCUGGAUUGCUCAAUCUACUGAGCUGUUCCUCCAUCCCAGCCUUUCAGCCUAUACCUCGUUGGCAUGUUUUGCUUCUGCCUGCAGGGCUCUCUGUUGAAGCUCCAGGCUCUGGAGGAAGAUGCCAGUUCACCGCCGGAUUCUUCUCCCGACGAAAGCCCGACCGGCACGAGCGGAAGGGAAGAGACACAACCCCCUUCACGCGGCAGCCUGAGAGACGAGAACAGCCCUCAAGAUCGUAGGCAGUCUGAAGGUGACUGCAGCAGUGAUCUCCAGCAGAACCCCGGUCCCAGUCGCCUCAUCUCUUACAUCACAGAUGGGAACAGCCCUUUACCCUCACCACGCUGUGCCAGUCUCAGCCUCAGCCAGCGCUUCAACACUGACCCUGAGAGUGCACCAUCACCUCCCUGUACACAGCAGCUCAUCAUGUCUCGUGGGAUGGUCCGACCGGAGACGUCUGAUGACGCUAAAGACACUCUGUCUAUUCCAUUACUCACUAAACACAUCCAGACCCUCAAGAGACGGAUACGCAAGUUUGAAGAGCGCUUUGAACAAGACAUGAACUACAAGCCCUCCCAUAAUGACAAGUCUGCAAAUCCAGAUGUAUUGAAGCUCAUGAGUGAACUGGCCAAGUCUCGGAAGCAGCUCAAAGACCUGAAGCUGAGGCAGUCAGUGGAGGAAUCGAGAGGCCAAGAGAACGACCAGCCCACAGGAAUCUGUAGAUACACAAAUGGCCUGCAAGAGGCACCAGAGCAGCAGCAGCAGCACAAACCCUCUCUGGAGGAGACGGUGGACAUGCUGCUGAAGCGCCUGAGGGACAAACGCCAGGCUCUUGGACUCCCAGACAACAUGAAGGAGAUGACGCAGAGACAGAUGGCGCUGGAGAAGCUCACACUGCAGAAAUGCCUGCUGUAUUUUGAGAGUCUACACGGACGACCUGACACCAAGCAGGAGAGAAACCUGGUCAAGCCGCUCUAUGACAGAUACCAGAUGGUCAAGCACCUGCUGUGUGCCUCUCCCACCAUAACCACUAUCGACGAAGAGGAAGGGUCUGAUGAAGAGUAUGUGCAGCAAACUCAGCCCCCGCGGCAGCCAACCCCCGAAUCAAUGGAGGAAGAUGAAGAUGGGGACAGUGACACGGCGUUUGUCUCACCUUUGGAUGAAGUGAAAGCAGUUCGCCAGCCUGCACUUAACAUGUCCAACCUUCACGCUGCUUCAAGGUCCGAGCUGCUGCGCUGUCUGCGUGAGACUCGAGCGGAGAAGAAGAGGAGACGGAAAGCCAUCAGGGAGUUCGAGGAGCACUUCUUCAGACAGAUGGGCAGGACUGCUCAAAAGGAUGACAGGAUUCCCAUGACAGAAGAAUACCAAGAGUACAAAAGCCUGAAAGCCAAACUGCGCUUGCUGGAGGUUCUGCUAAGCAAACAGGAAACCACAUAGACUACUGACCUAUAGACUGUAUCCUGGUUUGCCUUUCAGUACAGAUCUAGAUAUUUGGACCAAACCAUGUUGACACAUGACAUGAUCGUGCCAUAAUAACACUACAAUGCACUUUAACACCGAUUCUGCGCCGACCUGCCCCGAACGUCUCGUGCACAGGGUUCGAUCUAUCUCUAAGGAAGAAAAAAAAACAAAAGUCUUUACGUGGCUACUGCAUGACGUAACGUGUAAAUACAGGUCACUGUUUUGUGCUCAUUCUUCAUUCCAAACUUGGCGGAAACUGACAAAUCGUUUGUGUCUUAAAGAUGAGAAGAAAUGCUGAAAAUAUGGCACUUUAAUUUUUUUUUAACCAAAGCGUAAAUCAAUAUGCAAUUUUCUUGGUUUCUUGUUCUGAGUUUUUUUUGUCAUUCUGAUGUAAUCUGAAACACAAUGACAGUGUGCUCUCAGACGAUCGGACCAUGAUGCUCAGGGUCAAGGCGGGCGGGCGUGCGGGUGGGCGGGCAUUCGGGCGGUUAAGUGGGCCGGGGCUUUGUUGUCGCGAGUGAACUUUUAUGCUAAAACCCAGAGCACUUAUUUAGAUUUAUAAUCAUAUGCAAACUUACCAGCUGCUGAAGCACACAACAGCUCGUUUUAGUGGCAGCCGAUGUGAACUAUAACGUGACCUAUCGUGAAUGUGUCUCUUUUCAUUUAUUUAUUUAUUUAUUUUUACUAAAACGGAACAAAGUGAACUGUGACACAUUUAAGAAGUGUCUUAAAGGAAGGGCAAAAUGACAAUGACAAGAUUCAAAGAAAGAAAAAAAAAUAGAAAUUUGACUUUGCUCUGAAGCACAAUGAUCCUUUUUAUGGUCUGAAAAAAAAAAAAAGAAGAAGAAGAAGAAGAAAGAAAUGAACAAUCAGUACGGAUUACACCAACCCUGUUUUGCUGUUUGAACCGCAACAACAUAUAUAGAACAAUCGUGUUUUGUGUCUUGCAUGCCAGGCCGACUUGGAAUCGUCGAGAUCUUGUACGAUCGAGUGUGUGGUUUGUUCGGUGUCAUGUGUGCUGGGUUCCCAGACUGAAUUUUUUGACGACCUCGAUGACUAUUUCUCUAUUUGAAUGAUGGCUUUUAGUGCAUGUUAAUUUUGCAUUGGUUUCUGCAGUAGAUUUGUGCAAAUUUCAUUUUUGGAGAAAUUUCUUUCUGCUCUGCUCUCAUGUGCAUCCAUUUCCUGUCCCAAAGUCCUCAGUAUCGUGCACUUCUAGUCCGUUCCGUUUUCUAUACGCUGGUUAAAAAAUAAAUAUUUUUCUAUUUCUA